UAAAGAGCGCCGAGACGAGUCUAAAAGCGGAUAAUUGGACAUGUUUAGAAUGAAGCGCCACACUUAUUUUCCUGCUGACAAAGGAACACCGGCACCGUCCGACCGUACGUCACCAAAGAAAAGGAAAUACGCCGCCGAAAAACGUGUGCGCGGCAGACGCCGGGAGCUAACGAGCGUGGAGUCACUGAUGUUUACAACGUGACGAUGACGUCGCGUGUUUUCCGCUGAACAGCCGUGGACAUGGCUCAGUCUCUGGCAUGGCUCUGGGCUGUGGCCGUGGGUGUUUUCUCGGCUCACGUUCUCCAGAAACUCUGCUUCCCGUACUUCUGGAUGGACGCGCUGUUCCUGCUGAAGGUGGUGAAGUGCGGUUUGGAGCUCGAGCUCCAGAAGUUCUCCUCCAGCGUGACCACGUUGAUGGACAUGUUCGUGCGGCAGGCGCAGCGCGUGCCCAACAAGCCGUUCGUCGUCUACGAGGGACGCGUCCACACGUACCGGGACGUGGACGCGCGAAGCAACAGGCUGGCCCGUGUUUUCCUGGAGAAAGUUGCCCUGAAGAAAGGAGACUGUGUGGCUCUGCUCAUGAGUAACGAGCCCGACUUCCUGUGCGUCUGGUUCGGCUUGGCGAAGAUCGGCUGCCCGGUGGCUUUUCUCAACUUCAACAUCAAGUCCAAGUCUCUGCUGCACUGCGUUCACAGCUGUGGAGCCACAACUCUCAUCGUGGGCUCAGACUUAGUGGAAAGCCUGGACGGCAUCCUCAGCAGCCUGCGGGAGGACAACAUUGAGAUUUGGGCUAUGAAGAGCCACAGCGAGGACACUCGGGUGCACACCUUGUUGGAUAAGAUGGAGGCUGCGUCUGAGCGGCCUGUACCAGCGGCAUUACGUGCCACCAAGUCUUUCAAAACCCCUACUCUGUACAUCUUCACCUCUGGAACAACUGGUCUCCCUAAAGCUGCAGUGAUCACUCACCUCCAGUGUGUGAAAGGAGCAACCGGCUUUUGGGCUUUUGGAGGGACUGAAGAUGACGUGAUAUACAUUACUCUGCCGCUCUACCACAGUGCUGCUUCAUUGAUCGGGAUAGGAGGAACCAUAGGGCUGGGAGCAACCUGUGUCUUGAAGAAGAAGUUCUCCGCCUCCCAGUUCUGGAGUGACUGUCGGAAACACGACGUGACUAUUAUCCAGUACAUCGGUGAACUCUGCAGAUACCUCUGCAACCAACCUAAGAUGGAGGCAGAUAAAGUUCACAAGGUGCGGCUGGGAAUUGGGAACGGGCUGCGGCAGGACGUGUGGCGGGAGUUCCUGAGUCGCUUUGGAAAUAUUAAGAUGUGCGAGGUGUACGGCUCCACGGAGGGAAACCUGUGCUUCAUGAAUCACAUUGGCAAGAUUGGAUCUGUGGGCCGGUCCAACAUCUUCUACAGGUUCCUGUUUAAGUAUGAUCUGGUUAAGUACAACAUGGAGAGGGAGGAGCCAGUAAAAGAUGAGCGUGGUUUCUGUCAGCGAGUGCAAACAGGAGAGACGGGGCUUUUAUUGUCCAAGGUGAGCGCCGUCGCCCCCUUCUUUGGCUACGCUGGAAACAAGCAGCUGACUGAGAAGAAGCUGAUGAGAAACGUGUUUGUGAAGGGAGACGCCUACUUUAACACCGGUGACCUGAUGGCUGAAGACCAGGAGGGCUUCAUCUGCUUCAAGGACAGAGUGGGAGACACUUUCAGGUGGAAAGGUGAAAACGUAGCAACGACAGAGGUGGCAGUGAUUCUGGGGCAGGUGGAUUUUAUACAAGAAGCCAACGUGUAUGGAGUGGAAAUCCCAGGAUAUGAGGGCAGAGCAGGAAUGGCUGCCAUGAUUCUGAGACUCGGUCGCACAUUUGAUGGGAAGCAGCUGUUUGAGCGCGUGACCGCGGAUCUGCCGUCGUACGCUCGGCCGCUCUUCAUCAGACUUCAGGAGGUCAUGGAGCUCACGAGCACCUUCAAGCAGCGCAAGUUACAGCUGGUGCAGAGCGGCUUCGACCCGUCCACCAUCUCAGAUCCUCUCUAUGUGCUGGAUCACGAGCAGAAGGACUACAUUCCACUCACAGACACUAUCUAUCAGAGCAUCCUCACUGCACAGCGCAAGCUUUGAAUGUUCAUGUAGAUGAGGCGUCUGCGGCGGUUACGAGUUCAGAUAUUUGAACUUGGUUGAAAAAUGUGUGUGUGUGUGCGUGUGUGUGUGUGUGCGUGUGUGCGUGCGUGUGUGUGUGUGCGUGUGUGUGUGUGUGUGUGUGUCACAGCAUCGUUGGACAGUUGUUGGCUGCACAGACGGGAUUAUUGAACUCACCAGCGUUGGGAUCACAGCUCUCUCUCUCUCUCUCUCUCUCUCCUGAGCUUCUCUUAUCAAACGCUCACAGACGGACGCGGCCGCUUCUUAUCAUGUGACCUCUCCACAGAUGCAGCAGCUCUCCUCCUGCUUCCCUCUUGCCCUCCCUCUUGAGGCUGUUGCCAUAAUUGCUAGAGUAUCUGAGACCACCUCUUUCAAGCGGACCUGAGUUUGGGGGUUCGAUCCACAUCAGCGGUCUGAAAACUACGUUCACACCAAACCAGACAGACUGUGCUAAAGCUGUAAAUGCACCAGGCUUUGAUUCCGUCGUGUCAAACAUGACGAGCAUCAACCACGUGAGUUUCAGUAUGUUUCCAACUCCUUUAUCAAAGCUGAAUAAAACAUUUCGAGUUGUGGCUGGGUGAUAUUUUGGGUUUGGGUUUAAAUGUCAUCAAUUGAAUCAUCAGCAUGUUUCCUGUGGCACGUUACAUGCGAGACACAGGACAAGAUUUGGUCUUCAGUGUCCAAAAUCCUGUCUGCUGUAACUCUGAGAGACAAUUGAGGUCCCGGCUUCUAAGUUAUGUGGUCAGUUUUGACAAAUGGCUUAAAUACUUUAAAAAUGAAUUUAAUUAUUUAAUUCUCGUUCAAAUGUCACUCAAGUGCCUUAACGACGAAGCUCAGGGACUCGAUCUUAGUGGCGUGUCAAAUUUACACUUUACAUUUUAUUUUUUGUCUUUACUAAACAUACUAAACAUACUUUUUUAUUGAUUCCAUCAUUUAUCAGAAUUCUGCCUGACUGAGCAAUGACAGCACAUGAUGCUAAAUCUGUAAUAACCGUUGGAUAUUUGGCAUAUUUCAUAUUUUUCCAUGUUGUGUGUUUUUAAUGCUGUGAAACUUUAUCUAUUUGUUUUUCCCUUUUCUUUUACAAUGUGCUGCUAUUACAGUUGAACUCCUGUCAGGUCACAUGACCGUCAGAUAAGAUCAGAUCAGUAUUUGCACUUUCACAGUCACAAUAAGCUUGUUCUGCUCGUACAUUUACACCAGCUUAUGUCACCACAUGACACUUAACAACGACUCAAUCCACACUUCACUGAUUAUUCAAGGGUUACUAAAUGAAUUUUGAUUAACCAUCUGUUGUUUGUUUUCAAUUUUCAGCUUCUUAAAUUUGAAUCUUUUCUGGGGUUUUCUUAGUUUCUUAAAGGAAAUAAAUCAUUCAAAGUGAAUGAGUUUGGUUUGUGGACAAAACAAGAAUUUUUCUGACGUGUUGUGGAUCAAACAACCAAUGAAUCGAUAAUGAAAACAGUCGUCAUUAGAACACAUCACUCUCUACGUUGGAAAUGUCAGAGCAUUAUUAAACUUUAUAAUUAUUAUACUUUUAAAAGGCGGUAAAUCACCUUCAGCUGGAGCCGCUGUUGCCAUGACAACGAGUCCUGCUGUUUACAGACUUUUCCUGGAUAAAAAUGAUCAGAAACAUCAUUUGUUUCAAAUACUUGAGAAAUAACUUAAUUUGAGGAUGAAACCAUGUUCAUUUCAAACAGAAUUUAACAUUUCCAGUGAAAUGUGAUAUUUCCAGAUUUGGUGAUGUUUUUUUGUUUUACAAAAGUUAAAUAUUAAAAAUAUUUCCUUUAUUAGAAGUGUAGGUCUGAAGUUAUCGAGCGUUUAACAAUCCGUCCAUUUACAAAAAAAACACAGAUUUUUAACAACUAGUGAACUUUCAGUUCAUCGUAUUUCAAUCUAAACAGACUGAAAAUGUGAUAAUAUUUUUGCUGAGUAAUGAUGUGGGCGGUUAAUGAGAAUUGUGUGUUGUUAACAGCUUCAUACUUGAAAAGGUCUAAAAUGACGGAGUAUCAGCAGAUUCUGGAGUUUGUGAUAUCGUAUCAUAAAAUUCAUAUUCUAAUGAUUUUGUUUAAAAAUGCAGCGAGAGCAGACUGAGGCUCAGUUUUCCUCUUUCUUUCCCUCCAUCCUUCACUUUUGUUUCUCGUGUCUCGUGCCUGGCUAAUAUAUAGAUAUUAUAUAGAUAUAUAAUAUCUAAAUAAUAUCUAUAUAAUGGAUCGUUAUGGUGACAUGACAUAUGGUCUCAGAUUGUGGAUAUUGUCACACUGAGAUAAAGUGUCUGGUUUUAAACGUUGUUGCAUUGAUAAUCAUAUUUAUUACGUUCAAUUAUAAAUGAUGUAUUGAUGAAAAAUGCAUGAACUGACAAAGUUAGAUUUUAAAUAACACUUCUUUGCUCUUUUCAUUGUUUCUAACACACGUGCAUGUCCUUCAUUUAAGAAAUAAAGCAGUUAUGAUCAGAAAUGAAAGGUAAUAAGAUUCUGGAAUAAACAUCAUCAUCAUCAUCAUCAUCAUCAUCAA